AUGUUGCUAAAUAUAUCUUUACUUCUUGCGGUCGCAGCAACAGCUUCUGCCAAUUGCCUGUCGAAGUCCACGAGAAAUGUCUGCUCUCUUUCUCCGGAAGUGGGAAGAGGCAGAGCGCAUGUUCGAGGAUGGGUUUAUGAUAAUGCUGUCGGAAAAUGCUCCAUAUUUUUCUUUGGGUCUGCUCAGGGAGCCCCGGAUGAAAACAGAUUCAACUCCGAAUCUGAAUGUAACAAAGUGUGCAGAGGAGAAGUUCCAAGUUUCUGUUUCGAACAGCCUCAAGUUAGAACUCGAAGUACUUCUGCCAAAUGGACCUACAACUCUUCCAUUGCACAAUGCGUAAACUUUCUUUGGAGUGGUGAAAUCGGGAAAGGAGUGAACAUAUUCAGUUCCAAAAAUGAAUGCGAAUCAACGUGUAAAGUUCCAGACAUGGGUCCCUGCGGGAAGUCGAUUGGGAGCCCGUGUAAAGAAAGUGACCGCCUGUGGUAUUACUACAAUCACAGGAACGAAAGCUGUCUCAAAAUGAGUCCUUAUGAGUGCCCAAAUGGGCAGGACAACGCUUUUCUUUCAUUCAGUGACUGUAACCAGCGAUGCGGAAGAUUCAUUCAAAACAAAUGUAGUAUGCCUAUACAGAAUCUGACUAGUUGCCAUACUGUUACGCCUAGAUAUGGAUAUAAUAAACGUACCGGGAGGUGCGAAGAGUUUUCAGGCUGUGAUGAUGGUGGAAACAGCUUUCCUACCGCAAAACUGUGCUGGGAAACGUGCACAAAAAAAUCGAGCCACCGCUGCGUGCAGGAUCCAGAUUAUAAAUAUUCCGGUCUCGUUACAAGAUUCUACUACGACAUAAAUUCUCACAGUUGUGUCAGGAAGAAAAUGUUUCGCGGCUAUGUUCCUGGAAAUUCGAACAUAUUUCGCACAAAAGAAGAUUGUCAAGCAACAUGUAUGGCAACAUACCAACAUGUCAAAGAUUGGUUGUAAAUAAGCCGUGGAAGCUAUAAAUCUCCAAGACACCGACAUUCUUUGAAAAAUUAUUUGCACUGCA